AUGUUGACGACGAGACGCAUCCCCAUGUCUUUCAAGCGAAAAUUCCCAAAGGAUAUUUCCGUCCAUGCGCUACUUGCUGCUUUCCUGUCUCUCGGGGACAAAGAGGAUCUCCAGAAGUAUGAGCUCUGGCGCCAGACUUGGCCAACCCGUGAGGACUUCGAAGACAGCAUGCCCCUUUUAUGGCCACAGUCUUUACGAGGACCCACUCCGUGCUAUGAUGACGGCGCCAGUGAGAUAAAUCUGCUUCCGCCAUCGAUAUCUGGCGCAUGGAACACCUUACGGAAGCGCAAAAAUGAGCAUGAUUAUGAGACACCUCACCAGAACCUCCUUGCUCAGCAGGAAAAGAGAUUGCACAAAGCCUGGAGCAGCGUCGUCUCUGUUUUUCCUGAUGUAGACUGGGAGACUUAUUCAUACAACUGGCUCAUUGUCAACACAAGAAGUUUCUACUACUUGAUGCCUGGUCAAAAACCCCCGGAAGAUCGAAAUGACGCCAUGGCGUUGCUACCUUUCGCCGAUUAUUUUAAUCACUCGGAUGUGGAGGAUGACGUAAAGUUUGACGGCCAAAAAUAUGUCUUCAGGGCGACCAGGCGCUAUGACUCCGGAGAGGAAAUAUAUAUGAGCUAUGGGCCUCAUCCAAAUGAUUUCCUACUUGUUGAAUAUGGGUUCUACCUCGACGAGAAUGGUUCUGACGCGAUAUACCUUGAUGGUAUCAUUUUCCGAGACCUCAGUGCGUCCCUUCAGGAAGAGCUGUAUUUGCAGCAAUAUUACGGCAAUUAUGAGGUUACCGCCACAGGUGUCUGCUAUCGAACCGAGAUUGCUGCUUGUCUGAAAUACAUGACAAAAAGAGAUUGGCGGAACUAUGCCCUUGGUUAUUCGACAAAGAGCUCCGACGCCCAGAAAUCUAAUGCAAUCAUCCAAGAAUGGAUUCGCGCAUAUGCAAAGGAAGCAGACACGACAAUCGCCGCUCUGGAAGCUCUUAGCCCCAGAGAAACAGACCAGAAGUACACCGGGAAAGUGAGCACGCUGCUCAGGCGUUGGAAGCAGAUCAGAAGCCUCUGCGACAAAGCUUUGGAAGCGGUAUCCUGCUGA